AUGGAUAGAUUGGAGAGUGGUUUUGGUGUUGAAUUUAGUGGGGACAGGGAACGGAGUCAACUGGGACGUAUGGACGAUAUGACUAGCACUAGUUAUGGUAGUAGACGUUCUCGACCUGCAGCAGCAGCAGCAGCAACAGUAGUGCAUGGUGAAACACGCAUUAUACCUACUCAAAUAACAGAUACACCGUCAUCGUAUCGAGAAGAAACAGCAGCAGUAGCAGCAUCGAGGAAUUACCGAGGAGAAGGUGGAGGAGGUAUGCGACGAGUUGCGGCGCAUGGGCUGACAGCAUCGGGCAGUGGUGCUGCUGCUGCUGCUGCUGCUCAUUACGAGCCCGAUUAUCAGUCGUUCGACGGUCGACAAAUGGCUUCGGCUGAUCGAUUCGGCGGCGGCGGCGGUGGCGGCGAAAAUCGAGUGGCGUUUCCAAUGCAACAGCAAACAGAAUGGCGCUUCGAGCCGAAACGUCGUUCGUAUCGUUCAAGAUCAUUGGACAAUCAACGAGAUUUCAUAAUCGAUGACUAUUUGUUGACAUCAGAACGGGCUCGUAUGAAGACACCGGCUGUGGAUUACCCGUUGGAUUCAGCGUCAAUUCGACACUGGUCCGAUGCUCGAUUGGCCGGUGGUGGUAGUGGUCGACGUCAUUUGGACGCUGAGUUUUGGGACGAUCAACGAUACCGAUCGGCAGAUACCGGACGACAUGCGUUUUUGGAUGAUAAUAUGUCGGCGGUAAAAAAGAGACUCUCAGAACGAAGACAAGGCAGCUAUCCAUACAGAGAUGUAUCAACACGUAACUAUGAAUAUCAACCAAAUACGGUGGAUAUUGAGUCGAGUUGGAACGCGCCUCUAGCUGACGUUCUUCAUAGCGAUGAACGAGCACUGCCUCCUUCUUCGUAUCGUACCUCUCAGUUGUACGCUGAUGACGAUGAAUGGAGUCGCUCAAUGGCACGACCAACCACCUAUCGUGAUCAGUUCGGAGGCACUGCUGAAUUGAUGAGCACUGCUAAUGCUAGAACAUUACCUUCGUUAAAACGUAGUGACGGUGUUGGUGUUGCAGCAACGAGCACAAGCAGAUUGCGUCAUGAGAAGUCUCCAGAUAAGAGGAUUAGCGGAACAGGUGCUAUUGCAUCGUUGUUGGGCGCUAGACGACACGGUAAAUUCACAACAGUGAGUGGUCGAAGCAGUGGAGGAGCAGUGGCUGCUAGCGGGAUUACGAGUGCAGCGGGCACCAGAAGUGGUCUAGGAGCAUUGUUUCCGUCAUCGUCAACAUCAGCUGCUGCUGCUGCUGCAGCUACUACAAGUUCACGAUCAAGAGGUGUGCUUGAUAGUGAGUUCAAGCCUCAGUCUCAAUCACCAUUUAAUAUAGACACAACACACGCCUCUUAUUAUCCAUCUGUACACGCUCUAACGUCCACUGAUAAUCAACAGCAGCAGCAACAACAACAGCAACGCUUUGGUACAAUGAAAACAAAAACUACAAAGAAAUUUCAUCGGUUUGGUGGUGGUGGUGGUGGUGGUGGUGCAGGUACCUUAAAACCGAAAUCUCGUUCAAAAUCCAAUGAGUUCAUCUACUCACCGUCUUCGUCAACAGGCCUCACACAUUCGGCAACACUGGCCGCUAGUGGUGGCUCUGCAAAAUAUGACGCUUUUAGUGGUGGUGGUGGUGGUGGUGGUGGUGGCAUGAUGAGUACGACUGAGUCAACUGGGCUUGAAGGAGGGCUUGCUGCAAACCGUUCCACAUCACUCACAUAUCGCCCUCAUUCACAAUACUACCAAGCACAACAGCCAAAUCAUUUCUCGUACGGCACUGCUCCUCCAUAUGAAACUAGUGCCGAUCGAAGCGGCACCGAAAUGUUCCAUGCAGAUGAACGUUUCGUAGCGCCAUCGAUAUUGAUCAGCGGUGAUCAGGGCUCAUCAUAUGCUCAGUAUCGACAGCAUCGUAGUGGUCUUUCAUCAGAUGCAAUCAAAACACUCGAACCACUAUCAAUAACCACAAGCACAACAUCAGAUCCUCGCCAACAUCGAACCAUGACAUUCAACGUUGCCACUGAUAAUAAGCGAUAUCCACCACCACCACCACCAGCUGCACCAGUAUCAACAUUCGAGAACGUCACUAGUAUGGGUGCCGCCGAGCAGAAAUUUUAUAAAAUACAUUGUUGUUGUAUGAGUUUUCGAUGGCCACCGUGGCGUUACGAGGAGGUUGAUGCACCGCAACCAAUCUAUCGUCAUCAACAGUGA